AUGUUCUCUAGUUUACUAUAUACAACACCGACCUAUAGACGUGAUAUGUUCUCCAGUUUACCAUAUACAACCCCGACCUAUAGACGUGAUAUGUUCUCCAGUUUACCAUAUACAACCCCGACCUAUAGACGUGAUAUGUUCUCCAGUUUACUAUAUACAACCCCGGUCUAUAGACGUGAUAUGUUCUCCAGUUUACUAUAUACAACACCGACCUAUAGACGUGAUAUGUUCUCCAGUUUACCAUAUACAACCCCGACCUAUAGACGUGAUAUGUUCUCUAGUUUACUGUAUACAACCCUGACCUAUAGACGUGAUAUGUUCUCCAGUUUACUAUAUACAACCCCGACCUAUAGACGUGAUAUGUUCUCCAGUUUACUAUACACAACACCGACCUAUAGACGUGAUAUGUUCUCCAGUUUACUAUAUACAAUCCCGACCUAA